UCUUAUCCUCAUGCAAUGCAAGUCAGCUUUAUGGUUAGUUGAUUUUAUGAUUUAGAGUAGAAGUUCGUUCGUGGCUUGCGUGCUAUUUAAAUAGUUAUAAAAAAUUAAAAAAUAUAUAUUAUAAGUUAAAAACACUUAUAGUUAACAUAUAUUAAUAGUUAAAUUUAUUUUUUAACAUAUAAAAAUUAGAUUUGGUUUUGUAUAUUUGUGAAGUGAUAUAUCACAUAUUAAUUUAUCUUGUUAAUUUUUUUAAAAAAAAAUUAUGAUCACCUAAGUUACAUACAAACAACUGGACAUCGCUAUGGAGUUUAGAAUAUUUUUCCUUGGUCUAUCUAUCUAUAAUAACUAAACUACUCGACUCAUCACUAGCACAACACCACAAACCAAGAUGAGUAACAACAGCAUGGCUACUUCCACCAUCCUGCUCUUCCUCCUCGCCGUCGGCGGCCUCGCCGCCGCCCACGGCGACACCAUCCGUCUCCCCAGCGAAGGCGACGCACCACCGCAGCCCGCCAAACCCUGGGACUGCUGCGACGAUAUCGAGAUGUCCCCGCUAAAGAUCUUCCCGCCGCUUUACCGCUGCAACGACGAGGUCAAGCAGUGCUCGGCCGCCUGCAAGGAGUGCGUGGCGGCGCCGGCGGCCGGAGACUCCCCCUGCGGCGGCGGCGCCGCCCUCGUCUGCCGCGACUGGUACUCGACGGAGGACCCCGGCAAGCCGUGCACGCCGGAGCGGGAAUGGCCGGAGCGGACGACGAAGAAGAGGCCGUGGAAGUGCUGCGACAACAUCCGGCGGCUGCCGCCGAGGAUCCACCCGCCGUUCUGGCGCUGCGACGACGAGCUCAAGCCCGGCCAGUGCUUCGCCGCGUGCAAGGCUUGCCGGGAGGCGCCGGGGCCAUUCCCGGGGCCGCUCAUCUGCGACGACGUCUACUGGGGCGCCGACCCGGGUCCCUUCUGCACGCCGCGGCCGUGGGGGGAUUGCUGCGACAACACCACCUGCACCAAGUCGAUCCCUCCAAUCUGCAGCUGCGGCGACAAGGUGGCGGCAUGCGACGGCGCGUGCAAGGAUUGCCAGCCGGUGGCGUCGUCGUCGGAGCCGCCUCGCUUCGUCUGCAAGGAUCAGUUCACCGGACAGCCAGGGCCCAAGUGCACACCAUGCACUCAGAACUGAUCCUUGCAGAUAUGAUCGAUGUCCGUCAAUAACUCCAGACCAAGCAGAAGUACUUGAUCGUUCGUUCGAUCAUCCAGAGUUGCUAUAGUCUAUAUUCUCUCUGGUUUCAUUUUAAUUGACGUUUUGAACAAUGAUACGGUCUACAAGAUAUAUCUUUAACCUUAUUUUUCUAAUAUAAUAUAUAUAAUAAAUAAAUGUAUGUUUACUUUUAGGGGCAAUUGCAAAUUUACCACUACUUUGAAUCGUUAUUGCAAAAAUGUCACUAGAAAAUUGCAAAAAUACCAUUAGAACUAUUAUUCGAGUGGCAUCCUUGCAAUAUUGAAAAAACCGGUGGCAAAUUUAUAAAUGCCCCUUACUUUUAUUAUAGUGCUUUAAGCGAUAAAUCUAUAUAUGUUGUUCUAGUUUCUUUAAACUAAAUAUUUUUAAAGUUAUUGAUGGUCAAAGUUAUAAGAGUUUGACCUUAACCUUGUCUAAAACGUCAAUUAAUAUGGAACCGGAGGGAGUAGCUAAGUAGCUCCAUUCAGAGCUCAUGCAGUCGAGACAUGAUUAUCUGUUUGUGAAUCUUGAUUUGCUUGCUCGUUUGAUCCGUGUGUGUAUUUAUAUAUCUGUGUUUAUUCGCUCGUGUGAUCUAUAUGCAUGUUGAGUUGUCCUCAUAAUUCAUAAAUACUACUCUCUCCUAUUUCAUUUUAA